UAAUGUUCGGCCAAUCCAUUUACCCACACUGAUAAUAGCAGCUACCCAUAAUGACCGACUACAGGCACGUAUUCAUUAUUAUGUUUUUAGCGCGUAAAGAUUUUCACUGUUCUGAAAAUGCGGAUUGCUAAACCUGUUAUCGCCGUGCCGCUAUCAACCUACAACAGCAAUCAGGUUCCGUGGUUCGAACUAAAACGAUUCAAGCUGCUUUGUUAUUGUUUCGGCUGGCGCGAUUCGUCUUGUUACGACUGCAUGGCAGGACAUUAGAGAGCGCGGUACGACCGCGUCUUCUCCUACCUGCCGAAAUAUUCUCGUCGUCGUUGUUAUCGUCGUCUUCUGUCCCGAAGUAAUUUACCGUUCGUUAUUCGUUUUUCGAUGUCGUCGUAUCAUCGCUAGUGACGGCGCCAGCGAUAGUCGCUUAACAAUUUUGGAUCUUCGCGCCGCGAGUGGUACCCUGCCUACUGACGACUGCUUCUGGUGUUGGUAUCGCCGUUGAGCAGCAGCAUUCUCAAGUCGUGGACUAAACCACAGCAGUAAAAGUGCCCGCAGUGCUGAGCGAGCAUUUAAUCUCUGUGUCUGUCUGUCCGUGCUGUAAGGUUGACUGUAUUGAUCGACACCGGCGGUGGGCCCGUUUCAUUGGUCGGUUUGUGUUUUCGGCGGUGUUUUUUCUCAUUUGCCACCACCGUACGCAGUGUUCACGCUGCCGAGUGGUUUGCUUAGCAGCAGAAACGUUGAAAGUUGCGUACGUCGUUUUUUUUUUCGUUAUAUCGCGAUCGUCACAACGCACAGGUGGUAGGACCUAGAUUCCGUGUUAAUGGUAAACGAAUGAACGACGCGCAGAGCCGUCGCUAGCCGCCAGUCAGCGGUUAAUGCCGAAUUCAGAGGGAGGCAGCAAUCGUGGAGGCGCUGCAUUGCCCGCGCUGUUGCCGCCGGCAUGAAAAACUAUUUGCUCACUGGUCGUCGACGCAAACCAUUGGGACGACGAUCGGAAGUGGAAACUGACGGCAAAUAGAAUCGAUUUAGCAUAUAGAGUCUACAGUGGUGAAUGUAGUCGUGUAGAGUGGCGAAGACGUACAAAAAAGGAUGUUUGUUGUAUAGGUAACAAGAGUUGAUGUAGUGCGUCAGUAUAUGAACAACUAAACCGGUACAUCUGGUAAUCAUAAUUCUGCGGCUGGGAGCUGGGCUUAACAACAAAUCCAUCAGCAACAACUAUUAUAUAUCUAUUUAUUACUAGCACUGCUCCCACAAACUACCCCUCGAAGGGUCGUCCUUUUCGUUAUAUUCGAUUUCUGAGUGAUUGACGCCUGCAGGACGACACAGCAAAGCACAAGAUUACAUUUGCAGCUGGGUAUCAAUUUUGUAUCAUCCCAUAUUUGUCGCUGAAGCAUUAUCAGCGACGGCAACCGCAGCAUAAGCACGGAGCCAUCAUUCAGUUACCAACGAUGGACGCUGAGAUCGAACAAAUUGAGAGACUUUGCACGCAGCUGUAUGAAGCGGCUGACCCCGCGCAGAGGCAAUUGGCCGAAAAGAGCCUCGUGCAGUUUUCUCACAGCCCCGACUGCCUGAGUAAGUGCCGGCUGUUGCUAGAGCGCGGCAGUUCACCAUAUUCACAGGUACUCGCCGUCACGACAUUGACCAAGCUUGUUAGUCGGACUCCGUCACAGUUGACGUUACAGCAGCGGCUUGAUGUCCGCGACUACAUCCUGCAGUAUCUUUGUCAGCGAGCCAAUCUUCAAGCUUUUGUCGUGCAAGGUAUGCUCCAACUGUUCGCGCGGAUCACGAAGCACGGUUGGCUCGAAGAAACAAAGGAUGGUGCGUUUCCAUUCCGGAACGUCACCGAACAGCUUCGUGCAUACGUAAUGGCCUCAAACGAGCAUUGCAUCAUCGCCGUGCAGCUUUUAGCUCAGUUGGUAUCCGAAGUCAAUCACAUCUCCGAAGCUGAAGCCCACCGAAGUCUUACGAAGCAACGCAAGAUUGCUUCGUCAUUUCGAGAUAACCAGCUCUUUGAUAUCUUCCGGAUGGCCUGUGAACUCCUAGAAAAGGGACUGAAGAUGUGCCGAGCAUCGCCGCAAGAUCCGGCCAUGGCCGCACCCCUCAACCACCUGCUGCGAUUAGCGUACAACUGCUUGACCUUCGAUUUUAUCGGCACUUCGCCGGAUGAGAGCAGUGACGAUCUAUGCACCGUUCAGAUACCUACAGGAUGGAGGCCGAUUUUUCUCGAAGGGCUGCCUGGUGAGGGAAGCAAUACAGUUCAGUUAUUUUUUGAUUUGUAUCAAUGCUUACCAUCACCGAUGGCCUCCGUGGCGCUCAGCUGCGCCGUGCAGAUUGCCUCUGUUCGUCGGUCGCUGUUCAACAACACGGAACGGGCCAAGUUUCUAUCACAUCUUGUUGAUGGGGUAAAGAAGAUCCUCGAAAGCCCGCAGGGCCUUGCCGAGCAAAGUAGUUGUCAUGAAUUUUGCCGCCUGUUGGCGCGGUUAAAAAGCAACUAUCAACUAGGAGAACUGGUCAAGGUGGAAAGUUACGCGGAUACGAUUCGGCUCAUAAGCGAAUUCACAGUCACGUGCAUUCAGAUGACUCAAUUCGGUGCGAAUAGCCUUCACUACCUGUUGAGCCUAUGGCAGCGCAUGGUCGCCUCGAUGUCCUACGUAAAGGCAACGGAACCGCACAUGCUUGAAGUAUACACUCCCCAGAUUGUUCAAGCAUAUAUAACAUCUCGUCUUGAAAUUGCAGCAAAGGUUGUGCGGCAGAACUUGGAAGAUCCUUUGGACGAUAUCGGUAUGGUUCAACAGCAACUCGACCAGUUCUCCGUAAUUUGCCGGUGUAAAUAUGAUAAAACGUGUGCGCUUCUGGUGCAAAUGUUUGAUACCACCGUGACAGUUUGUCAGCAAGGAAGCCAAGAAAAAGAAGUGACAGAAGCUCAGCUAGCAUGGAUGGUAUACAUCAUUGGAGCCGCGAUCGGUGGUAGGGUAUCAUUCACUUCUACAGAGGAACAGGACGAAAUGGACGGACAAAUGGUUUGUCGCGUACUUCAGCUUAUGAACUUAACGGAUCCGCAAAAUAACGGCGCUGGUCGUAUACCUGUUGCAUCGGAAAAGCUUGAGCUCGCUCUUCUCAGCUUCUUUGAGCAAUUUCGACGAAUUUAUGCAGGAGAUCAAGUGCCGAAGACGAGUAGCGUUUAUAUUGCUCUAUCAGAGGUUCUUGGCUUGCCGGAUGACUCAGCUGUGCUUGCUGUGUUCGUACGGAAGAUUAUCACCAAUCUUAAAUGCUGGAGCAGCUCGGAACAGAUCACGCAGAAGACGUUACAUCUUCUGUCUGAGUUAUCGGUCGGUCAUGCGUCCGUUCGUAAAUUAAUCAAACUCGAAGAGGUUCAGUUCAUCCUGAACAAUCACAGCGCUGAACACUUUCCAUUUCUGGGCUAUCCAGCUGCUACGCGCAAUACCCGCUGUCGAACGACGUUUUAUACGUCGUUAGGGCGAAUGCUGUUGAUUGAGCUAGGCGAAGACGAAGAACGUUUCGAGCACUUCAUGGCACCUUUGACUGUUACAAUGGAAAGCGUCGGCAGUCAAUUAAUGACUAUGACAGCUGAAAACAUUGGUAUGUUCAAUUCGGAGGAGGCGAAGAAGGGACUUAUAGGUCUCGCUCGGGACUUGCGUGGCCUGAGUAUGGCGUUCAAUACCAAGACCAGUUACAUGAUGCUGUUUGAUUGGAUCUUUCCGAAAUACUUUCCCGUACUGCAUCGCGCCAUCGAAUUAUGGUUCCACGAGCCUCUCGUAACGACGCCGGUAUUGAAACUUAUGGCGGAACUGGUGCAGAACCGUUCGCAGCGGCUUCAGUUUGACGUAUCUUCACCCAACGGCAUCCUGUUGUUUAGGGAGACAUCUAAAAUGAUGGUGACAUACGGAUCUAGGGUUUUGAGCAUUGGCGAAGUGCCCAAGGACCAGCUAUACCGGAUGAAGCUGAAGGGUAUCUCAAUUUGCUUCUCAAUGCUGAAAUCGUCUCUUUGUGGUGGCUACGUCAAUUUUGGCGUGUUUAAGCUAUACGGAGACUCGGCGUUAGAUGACGGCUUGGACACAUUUGUCAAGAUGCUCAUCUCAGUGCCUCAAGAUUCGCUGCUGGAUUUCCCUAAGCUGAGUCAAACCUAUUACAUCCUGCUCGAGUGUCUCACACUGGACCACAUGAAUUUUAUCGUCAAGCUCGAUCCACAGGUAUUUCUCUAUAUCAUCUCUUCAGUAUCGGAUGGAUUAACAGCCUUAGAUGCAAUGGUGUGCACAGGCUGUUGUGCCAUUCUCGACCACAUCGUCAGCUACGUUUUUAAGUUUUUAAACAAAUCCAAGCCGACCAAUCCGGCUGACGUUCCCACGUGUGUACAAGUCCUCGAACACCAUCCGGAGAUCCUUCAGCAGAUGUUAGCAACACUACUUAAUAUCGUUAUGUGGGAGGACUGCCGGAAUCAGUGGUCGAUGUCGCGACCCCUAUUGGGUCUAAUUCUAUUGAACUCCGACUAUUUUGGCCAAUUGACGCUAUCACUCGUCGAGGCCCAACCGAUUGAAAAGCGUCCGGCGAUGAUGGGCUGGUUCCAAGCGCUCAUGCAAGAUAUUGAUCGCAACCUGUUGACGAAAAAUCGAGACAAAUUCACGAUGAAUUUAUCGGUGUUCCGGCGAGACAUCAACGACUCGCUCAAGGGUCAGCAGUCGCACCAAAAUCAGACCAUCAUUGUACAGAACAGCUCUGUUCUUGCGACAACUCUUCCAUACAGUGAAAUGAUGAGCUGAAAGCUUGGUCAAGGCUGGGCAAGACACAUACGAAGAACGGACUAUUAUUAUUAUACUAGAUUGGACUAACGCAGUAUAAGUGAUUAGAAUAACGUUAGAAACGCCUUCGUCUAAGUGCUGAGGUAUUGUUGAGGUUUAUGAACAUAAAGACCAAACCCUUGCUCAUAACCCAGCACGCUGUACAGUAGAUGGUCUUUUAAGGUGAUAUAUAUGAUAAUUGCUAAUACAAAUAAUAACGAAUGUGCCGGGUAACCGUGGAGACAAAACCGUACAAACGCCGACAGCACACAACUCUGGUGAACGGACACCGAUUCACGAUAAUCUUCUAGAUAUGGACGAAGUUAUGUAUUAAUUAUGGUAUAGAAAGCAAACAAAGAAACGGACGGAACAACGGCGAAUAUCGUAGAAAAGAAAUGAUACUGAUAUGUGUUACGAAAUAACCCUAUUAAAAAAAGGUAAACGAUAUCAUAGCGUCAGUGUGUCAUUACAGGUUGUGUACGUAUGGACUGCCUAUUGCAUCGAACAAAAAGAAAAAGACGUCGUAGAUUUUUGCAAACCGAAGGCCAAUUGAAAGAAUUUCAAAUAGUCGAGCGGUAUUGCCACCUGCUCGCGAGGUGUUUGACGAAUUUCGCAGACGGUACAGAAAUAAUAUAAACACACACACAUUGAGUAAGGACCAUAGGAAGGGAGAAAAUGACUAUAAGGAAAAAUUAACUUUCUUUACGAAGUAGACAAAUGCCGAAGAGAAGCUCCGCCAACCUAGAGGGGAAAGGGGGGGGGGAGAGGUAUAGGAUUGGAGAGAAGAUUCAAACCAGAGCAGUUCUCGAAGUUAUGGAUAUUGGAACUUUGGGAAUAGAUACCUCAGCUGGCACGGGUUUUAUCAUAAUUUGAAUCAAAAUUGAUGUCAUUGGUGGUCACCGACAUAUAACUGUCAUCUUUUCUGUUAGUUCGGCAGGAAUAGCAACUGGUCGGAACAGGAAUGAAUUAAAAUCGCGGAAUCGUUAACUCCGACGCACAAAACGAACCUUCAUGAAUAGCAAAGAAGGACGGCUCAUGAUAAUCAUGUUGCAUGUCCGGAGAAGGUAAGCUAGGAAAGGGCAUUGUGUACUGCCGGUGAGGUAUAGCGCAACUUAGUUCGAGUAAUGGCAGAAAAUACGGAUACCUCGGCCGUUUGCAAAUAAUGCGUGGCACGAAAUAAAGGGUCUAUGUCUCCUAUACAGGUUGAAGGAGAAAUGCUUUCGAGGACAGCUAAGUCUAAUAAAAGAUUCAUUUAAGGGUCAUCGCGAAUGAGUUAACGUAACGAUUUGCCUAAACGCAGCUGUCAUCGAGGCCACUAGCCGUGCGUAUUAUGCGUUGUCGAAAUGGAAUAAAAUGCAAAAAUAAUGAAAUCGAAUUAACAAUGAAAAACAUACUGUUUAGGUAAAUAUAUUUAAAAAAAAAACAAAAACAAAAUAUAUCAAAGGACAACUUUAUCGUAAUUAAUUCGUCACCGAUGAUGAUGAUUUUUUCCAAGAGAAAAUAGACUAGUGCCGCGUCACACCUCGGCACAACGGAUGCAAUGUCUCUGUCUAUCUGUGUGUGUAGUCUUUUCCACGAGUGUAAUAUGCGCGUUUUGAGUACGUGUGGAUAUGAUAAACGAGUAAAUGUGUUAUACUGAUGAAAGUGCAUCGAGAGAACAAGAAAACGUAAACAAUAAAAGGAGGUUUAGCUCCAGACAAAGAUGAUCCAAGAUAAUAAGUUUAGUAUUUUGGAUGGAACUUGUAAAGCUGAGUGGCAACAAGUAAUAACAACUAUGGUGUGACAUAGGGAUAACUAGACAGUUCGGAUCGUAACAACUGGGUUUGAAGACUAAUGACAAAAAUAUGAAACAAGGGUUCGUUGUCGAACCCAUGUUUUCAUGUACUUGAUUUAAUUCGAAAUGUCGCUUACAUCUCCUAGUGUGCAAGAAGCGAACUGGAUCUGAAUGCGAACAUCGCACGAAGAUAGGCAGUACCACAAGUAAAAAACAAGUGCUUUUGGGACAGUAAGUGUUGCACCAAAAUACUAAUAAUUUAGGCAAGGAUAACCUACGCUAUUACUAGGCUGGUUAAGGAACGAAUGUCGACUAAAGACUGUGAGAGGUAACAAUAAAUAUUACUAUGGUAAUGAGAAAAGUAUAGUAAAAAGCAGAGAACAGCAAAAUAUUAUAAAAGAACUGAUAGUCGUGGUAAGAUAGUUGAGUUGUAAAAGUGUUAAGGAACUGAGGAGAUGUGGGAAAGUGGCGAGAGUGAGAAUUUUAAAUUGUGAUGAUAAAAUACAGAUAACGAUGACGACAACGAUGAUAAUGAUGGUGGUGUCGAAGAAACGAAAAUGUUGUAAUAAAUA